UGAUAAUUUGUUUGAAAUUUUUGAGAUCUAGAGGAUUUCUGGUACCACAUGAGCAUGAGUGAUUGAUACCUGGACGUUUAUUUGUUUACUAUUUAAUUUAUUUAUAAAAGUAUAGAAGAAAAAAAAAUUUUACUACGUGAUAAAGUUACGAUACAAUUUUUUGUUUACGUAUCGAUAAUUUGAAUUUAUUUUGACCAGAUGACUUACAAUGGUGAUGAUAAGAAUUUAAAUUUAUCUGAGGCAGGAUUUUAAUAAUAAGACGAUUGAUUUCGGUAUUGGAAAAUUUUAUUGAGAAUUAAUUUGAUAAAAUUCGGCAAGAUGAUUAGCACGAGCUCAUCAACAUUCCGCGUAAAUAAUGGAAUAUUAAUUAUUGACAAUAUAACUAACAGUAAUGACAGAAGUAAAAUACCAUCAAGUAAUCAAAGUUUGAUAAAUGAAGACUGCAAUGAUUCAAAUCCAUUGAAUGUUCAAAUAAUAAAAGUUGAAUCAUUGUGCGAAGAAGAAAACUCUUUUGCUGAAAAUGAUAACAGAGAUAAUGGCAAUAUACAGACAUUUAUUCAUGCAAACAAUACAAGUUUAAUUAAUGAGGCUGCAGUGGAUGAAAGUUUGGUUACUGCGGAAAUAAAAAUUGAAAGUGAUACUAUUUAUCAAGACUCAUGUUCGCUGGAAAAUUCUACAAGUAUUUCUGUGGAAAAUGACACUGAUCCUUUGGCUGGAGACUUUAAGCCAAACAGAAGGAAAAUGAACAGAAUUUCAUACGGACCCAAAAAUGCUAAAUCCAAUAUUUUGACAGAGCUGAUACAAAUAGAGAGACAAAAGAAAAAAAGUAGAAAUAAGCACAAGUGUGAAAUUUGUCAAAAAAAGUACCACUCGAAAAAAUAUUUAGAGCAGCACGUGCUUCUUCACGCGAGGGAGCAACCAUUCAAGUGCAAGAUUUGUGAGUAUCGAACCGCUUACAAAAGUAUGUUGAAGCAGCAUAUGCGUGUUAAUCACAAAGGCAGGAACUCCUUUCCAUGUCCGAUUUGUCCCGUAAGAUUUCUCAAAAAGUUAAGUUUGAAUCAACACAUGAGAAUCCAUUCUGACAAACGUAAGUUCAAGUGCGACGUUUGUAACAAAUUCUACGCCUACAAACAAGGCCUGCAAAAUCACGUUUGUCUCGCAAAUGAACCGCCUCAAUACGAAUGCAACGUUUGCCAGAAAACUUAUUUGCUCAAGACCAACAUGGAACGUCACAUGCUUUUUCACGCGAAAACAUGCCCGUUUAAUUGCGAAAGCUGUCAGGUAACUUUCAAUACCGCAGAAGCUCUAGAGAGACACGUCGAGGGCUUGCAUAAAACUAAGGAACCGCUUGUGUGUGAUGUUUGCAAGUCAGAAUUCACUCGUAAAGUUAAUCUAGCGGUUCACAUUCGCAGUCACUUUAACAAAGAAGAAGAACUUGAUUGCAAAAUUUGCGGGAAAGUUUCCUCGACAAAGAGAAAUUUAAAAAGACAUAUUGAAAGUCACUCAAGAGUUAACUCUCCCAGACGAAAAUGUGAAAAGAAAUUCAAGUGUAACGUUUGUAAAAAAAAAUACUCUCAGAAAAAAUUUUUCGAAAAGCACAUGCUCGGUCACAAAGGAGUUACACCAUUCGAGUGCAAAUUUUGCCACUUGAAAUUCGCUAAAAAUAUAUUUUUGCAGCAACACGUUUGCUCUAUUGGAAAAAAACAAUUCCAGUGUCACGUUUGUCGUAAAGUAUAUUGUCACAGUUAUACUUUGAAAAAGCACAUGCUCACUCAUGAGAAAAAAGAUAAUUGA